AUGAAAACAUAUAUACUCUCAGUUCCUACCAAGAAGUACGACGAAGUUAAUUGGGUUCAGCCGUUGGAUAAAUAUUUACAAGCGAUUUAUGGGGACUCCCACGAGUACCAGCUGGACUUGACAGGCUUUGAUAAGUUAAGACAAGAUUUAAAAGGGGUUAAUGCUGAUACUACUGGUUUGAAGUUAUAUUUCAAGUACUACAGCCAGCUUGAACUCCUAGAUUUGAGGAUCGCUUUCAACCAAAUCAGUAGCAAAAAGCUCAACUUUACCUGGCAUGAUGCCUUUCAAAAAUCAGUCAACCACAAGCAGCAUUCUUUGCCAUUUGAAAAAGCCAAUAUUUUGUUCAACAUAGCUUCUGUUUUGAGCAAAAUUGGGUGUAAGAAAUACGAAGAAGCACAUAUCUCCGGUGACUUAGGCUCUAGUGAUACUUUCAAAGAAGCUUUGCAAUAUUUCCAACAAGCAGCAGGUGUAUUUGAGUUCAUAAGCGAAAACUUUUUGCAUGCUCCAUCUGAUGACUUGAGUCAGUCGACACUCCUAUUCUUGAGGAGACUUAUGUUAGCUCAGAGUCAGGAGAUUUUUGUUUUGAAAGUAAUUACAAGCGACUUGGAUCAAACAAAAAACUCGUUGAUUGCAAAACUCUGUGCCAGUGCUUCUGAACAUUUCCUUGAGUGUCAUAAGAUGAUAGACUCUUCUAUUGGAGCUCGAGAGUCUCAGUCAACUUCGGACUUUGAGAUUGUGGGAGAUGAUGAAGACGGAGAUUUGGAAAGGAUUGUAGACCCAGUUUAUGAUCCUGACUCUGAGAAAUCCUCCAACAAAAUCACCGUGAAAUUAGACAUCUUGUGGACCUCUUUGAUCUCUUUCAAGAGUGUUUAUUACAAGUCUCUAAGCUAUUAUUUCAAUGGGCUUCAACUUGAGUCAGGCAACAGAUUCGGUAAUGCAAUCGCCUAUUUCACCAAAUCGCAGGAUUCCUUGAAUCAAUUAAGUACAAUCACCCUCAAGCAGCUUUCAAAUGCAGGUGUCAAUGGGGUUUUUGAAGUGUUGGACAAUUACAAGUACCAAAAGGAUGCUUUGUCCAUCAAAUUAGCUGAAUUGAACAAAGAGAAUGAUCUAAUUUACCAUGAAAUAAUUCCAUCAUUAGUGACUUUGCCAGAAAUCAAAGCUCUUGAUAGUACCAAGGUGAUUCCUAUAAAUCAGAUCGCUCAAUUGAAUGAGAUAAGUGAUAACAACUAUGUCAAUUUUUUGAAAAAUGUGGUUCCAAUUGAUACGCAUGAAUUAUUGAGCUACUAUUCAGAAGAGAAGUCUCAGUUUUUAAGAAACGAGAUUGAUAUGGUUGAUGUUUCAAAUGAAGAAUUAUCCUCGGUGUUGGAAUAUUUAAAGAUGCCAAAAGCUAUUGUGAAUUUAAAACAAAUCAUCGGUGAUGACCAGACAGAAUCACAAACAAAGGGUCCAACAGCUAUUGAACCUGGUAUUAUUGAAAAAGCUAAUGAAAUCCAUCGACAUCACUCUGCAGAUAUCGCUAAUAAGGCAAAAAUAGUUGAAACAAGGAAGAAAAUCUACGCUUUAAUUACUGAAAUUGAAAGCCAAACGAAUAAUUUCAGUGGUUCCAAAUAUAAGGAUGAUACUGUUAAUAUCAAAAAGUCAUUAUAUGAUGCCACGACUCCUGAUGAUAAACUUUUUGCUCUUAUAAGCGUUGAGAACAGUCAUUUGUAUAAUAUACUUGGAAAGGGAGUAAACUCUCAGGAAUUCAAGGGUCUUUUUGAAGUGAAAGGUCAGGAACCGUCAACUUUUGAUAAGGAAAUCAGCUUGCUUGAUAUAGUGGAUGUACCUUCGAAGUCAACCAAUGAAGUUCAACAGCAAAUAAAAAAAAUUGAGGAUAUCUUAUACGAUUUGAAUGUUAUCAAAUCCAAUAAGCUUAAGCUUGUUGAAACCUUAAAGAAAGAAAUUCACAAUGACGACAUUUCGGAUAUCAUCGUCUUGAACAGCAAAAGCAAGUCCAUCAACGAGAUUAAAAGUGUUAUUUUCCCUGAAGAGUUGAAAAAGUUUGAUCCGUACGCCCAAGAGUUAGACAAGUUGAUAGAAAAUCAAAAGACAUUCAUUAAUAAUUUGAAAGAGGAAUGGGCUUCUUUGUCUACCAAUGAAAAAGUAAAGGAAAUUCAAUCUUCUAAGACGUUCAAAGAGACUUUGAUGAAGGAUCAAAUGCAAAGAGUGAACGAGUUCUAUAAUAACUGGAAAACUUAUAGUUUGGGUUUGAAUAGAGGAGUUGAAUUUUACUCCAAGCUUUUGAGUUUUGUCCAAUCAAUGAAAAGACGAAUCACCACUGAACAAGAAGAGUCUUUGUCUGAUAGAUUUGGAGGUAUGAACCUUCAAAAUACCGGACAAGCACAAGCGCCUCAGCAGUAUAACCAAUCUCAAAUUAGGCCACAAGCUUCUCAAUACGCUCAACAGCCUCAAUACUCUGGUCAGCAUAAGAAUUAUCAACCUCCUGCUCCAGGUAGAUAUCUGCUACCUUCUGGACCAAAUUCUUUGGCUGCAAGUCCACACUCGCAACUUUCUGAUGGUCAAUACUUCCCACAGCCAUUAUUAAAGCGGACACUGACCAGCUCCAGUUAUGACCGUCCACCUCCUAGCUUGCCUCCCAAACAACCCCAAUACUCUCAACCCCCACAACAACAAUACACCCAACCUUCUCAGCAACAAUACAGUCAGCCUCCUCAACAAUACUCCAACCCAAAUCAAGGUUAUCCCUACCAACCUCAAGCUCCACCCCAACCCCCCCAACAAGGCUCCAGUCUGCUGUUGAUCUACGACCAACCUUCAACAUAUAACCCAAAUAUGUACAACUUCUUCUCGAAAGAAUAGACUCGUGAACCAACAACUAAACGCGUCUUCUAAAGUGCAGAAAUAGAAAGUAUUAUACACUAAUGGCUGGGUUUCACUCAAUUACAGCGGUGAAUACUAAAAUAAACAUUUUAAGAUACGACAGUUGCAACGAGCGAUAAGUAUUUGAUACGAACUCAAAACUAAUUUUAAAUGAUCAUCUGCACCCCUAUUUUUUUAAACUCUCAACAAAUAGGCCAAGUAUUUUCGAACCUAUUCUUCACACCAAGAAUGCUACUAUCUCGUUUCUCCCCAGAUUCCAUCUCUCAAUAAAACAGAGACCACCCUAAAGUUCGCAGCUA